AUGUUUCCUCUUAAAAGUUGGCAACAGUGAAUAACAAACACAAACAUCUUGUAAACAAACAAACACGUGCAGAAUAAUCAUGGAGAAGUCGAAAAAAUCUAAGGCGCCCAAGAAAGCAAAAGACGCUUCGCUUACAAUUAAGAUUGCUGCCAUGCAGCGUAAACAGAAGGAAGUGGCUCGCGUGUUGCAACUCAAACAUGAAAUAUUAGUUAAAUCGGAGGUGUCCUAUCUGGAAUAUAUUGAAAUGCGCUCCGAGUUGGAGCGUCUUAAUACACUAAGGGAGACAUUCACGCGUCGCGUUGAGAAAUUAAAACAACAGGCCAAAUAGUUAGUAAUGUUUUAUAUUAAGUAAUCCCCCAAGGAUUUAGUUUAAACAGUAUGAGUAAUAUGUUUAUGUGAGUAAUAAAAUUAAAAUGUAUCACGUUUAA